AUGGUAAAGGAGCCGGAGCAAACAAAAUUUGCUCCGGCUCCUAUUAAGGAAUUGAAUCUUACUAGUCAAGAAUACGUAAGAUGGGAAACAAGAUUAAGCACCGCCAAAGAAAGAAGUGCCAAUAUAAAGAGCAGACAAUUCCACAAUUGCAUUAAAAACGCAAGAGAAUGGCUACAUAAAUAUGAUGUAGUGCUGAUCAUAGCUGAUAAAUCCAAAGGAGUAGUUCUUAUUAAAAGAAGUUCCUACAACCAAAAACUGCGGGAAUACAUCAGAGACACCGAAUGCCAGCCUGCUCCUGAAAAGUAUUUAGAAUCACUACAACAAAGAGUUAAAAAAUUUUCUUCAACCCCUUUAGCUCGCUAUUUACGAAUGCAUAACUCUGUAGUACAAGCACCGAGAACACCGAGAAUCUUCGCCUUUGGCAAAACUCAUAAACCUGACUGCCUUAUACGUCCUGUUAUAGAGAAGUGUGGAUCCCCUACUUUUGCAAUUAAGAAACAACUGGUUAAAUUUAUCCGACCAAGGAUUCAAGAUUACCCUUAUGCUAUUAACAACUCUGUUCAACUGGUGGACAAGCUCCGAAACAUUAGCCUUGAAGAUAAUGAAGUUAUGACCGUGAUGGAUUUUAAAUCUUUAUUUCCAUCUAUAAAAUUGCCGCCUUGUUUUUGCGAGCUGAGAGACUUCCUUCUUACUAACAUUAAUAAUGCAACGAAGUACCACCAACAUAUUUUAGAGCUUGCACACCUAAUUUCUUAUACUUCGUUUUUUGCAUUUGAAGGGAACACAUAUUUACAAGAAAGAGGGGUUCCAAUGGGGAGUCCGAUAUCUCCGUUAUUAUGUGAACUAGUAUUACGGCGAUUAGAAAGUAAUGUACUGCCCGUCUUUAUAAAUGACAUACUUGUAUAUGCAAGAUACGUGGAUGAUGUUUUCAUCAUUUGGAGGAAUAAUAAUAGGGCUCAAUAUUUCCUUAACAAAAUGAAUAACAACCCGUAUGGUGUAACUUUAUCAUUGGAACAGAUAAGUGAAAUUAACGUAAAUUUUCUGGAUCUGUCCAUAACUUGUAAAUAUGGUGAAAUAUGGACAAAUAUUUAUCGAAAGCCUAGCUAUCUUCCUAUUAUUAUACCGAAGAAUUCCUUUGAUCCUCAUAAUUUUAAGAAUGCAGCCUUUCGAUCAUGGAUAAAGCGGGCCUAUACCCAUUGUACGAGUAUGGUUGACACACACAGAGAAUUAAAUAACAUACGUACAAUAGCUGUACAACAGGGAUAUCGUAUAAGUGAAAUUAAUGCUCUUAUUGAUAAAUUUUGUAAUCAAACAAAUAAGCAACCUACAACUAAGAACCAAGGACGAAGAGUAGUUCUCAACUAUAUUCCUUUCCUUCAAUCGAUGAUUAAAAAAGUAUCUCAAAAGAAUAAUUUAAGAGUUACCUAUCGUCGUAAUCCGACGAUUUAUAGAAUUUUACGAAAUGACAAGAAGAAAGGAAACAGUUACAAUACUACAGGAGUUUAUUCUAUUCCAUUAAGUGAUCGCCGUUUUAAUUCAGAGCUCGUUUACGUUGGUGCCACCAUGAGACUUUUAAAACAGAGGAUUAAAGAACAUAAGUAUUCUAUUACUAAAAACGUGGACAGCACCGUCCUUGCAGCCUUUGCUAAACAUCAAGAUAUUAAUGUACAUUGGGACAAAGCAUCCAUAAUUAGGACAGCCACCAACAAACAAGUCCUUAAACAUAUUGAAAAACUUGAAAUUUACAAGGCGCAUAUUAACAAAGGAUGCAUCAACCAUAGAGACGCAGAAAGUCUAUCCUGCGCAUGGAAAUCUUUUUACCUUGACGAUUAA